GCGCGCGCACACACACACACCCUGUUAAAAUGGUCUCACCUCCCCUGUAUGAUCCACUGAUUGACUUUGUCCUCUCUAUACACACUCUGUACUCUGCUCUGAUUCUGACUCUGGAUGAUCAGACCGGUUGACAUGUCGCGCUCGGUCCUCUCGCCGGCGUUACAGAACGGCUAUGGAGGCGACGACGAUCCCGACGACUCCGAACCCGAGGAUAUUUACCUGCGGGACAGGCGGAGGGCCAAGUCCUUACCGGCAUACCCCGAGCAGGCCAACCUGUUCAGCCGGCUCUCUCAGAGCUGCAGGAAGCGGGUGAAGUUCGCCGACGCGCUCGGCUUGAGUCUGGCCAGCGUGAGGCACUUCAGCAUCGCCGAGGAUCCCCACGUGCCCUCCGAGGUGUUCGCCGCGCUGCGCACUCUCCCCGCGCAGCACGAGCGCGAGCCUUCCGGCGACCUGCGCGCGAGCUUCACAUCCGCUCGGGACACAGCGGCGGACAGGAGGCUCGCGCCGGCUGUCGAGAAGCGGUUCGCGCCGGAGGCCACGCAGGCGCGCGCGAAUCGCUGCAUGCUCGCCCUGGAGAGGGUCUCCGUGUCCGGGUUGACCGUGCGCGGGGUCAUACGCGCAAACGUCGCGGAUAACGGCGAGACAGAAGUCGGGGUGAGGUACACGUUCAACCACUGGGCGUCCUUCGAGGACGCGCCCGCAGUGCCCGUGUCUGGAGAGCGCGUGCGCGACAGUAAGACGUUCUCCUUUACUGUGCACACGCCUCCUUUCCUCGACCCGGACGCCAGCGUGUACUUCGCCGUGUACAUGAGGACUGACCGCGGGGAAUUCUGGGACAAUAACGACGAGCAGAACUACUGUGUGCAGUGUGUCCACAUGCUGUGAACCCCAGGAGCACAAGCGAGUAAAAUCAUCCACGACUGAAUGUGAACAUUGCAAAUCUGAGUUCUCUAUGCAAAAAAAUCUCUGAACUUGGGUUUAUAUACUAGAUGGACAGAGCUGGUUCAUGCAAAGACAUCAGUGAUAAUUAUUUAUAACAGCCUAUUUUUAACAACUAAUUUACAACAUAGAAUAUUUUUGAUAGACAUGGGCUACUUUUAGCACACUGGCAUCACUGCAUGACCUGACGUCCAAUAAGCUAUUUUCCCAGAAGGUGGUUCUUUGUGUGACAAUACACCGGUAUGACAGUAGCUCUCUAUAAUUACCUAGCAGCUUGGGUGUAGUGGAACAUUUGUCUCUUGUAGUCACAUGACCUAAACAUGGUGGCCACCACGGCAGUCUGACCAGCACUAUUUAGUCACAAGAAUUUGGCCACCUAUCAAAUCUAAUGCUGCAUUUGACUCAAACCCAAUACUCUGAAUGUCUGACCUCUGACUAGCUAAAACCAAAGAAAAUGCUCCUCAACUCAGAAUUCCUACUCGGAAAGUCGGGAAGGUCUCCUCAACCCAGAGUUCAGCAAGUGGCGUCAAAAAAAAACAUGGCUGCUCACAUCAUCAACUGUAAACAAAGUAGCAUUUCUUUACUGUUAAGUACCUUUAAGUAGAACUUCUUUACCUUGAGUAAUACUGUAUGUACAAGUAACUAUUUUAGAUCAAUCAACAUGCAGACCUAUUCUCUUGUUUAAUCUAUAGCACUGACUACACAGUUUGCUGUUUGAGGAAGUAAAUGUACAUCACUCAUCAAUUAUCUGGCUAGAUUGUUGCUAAAGAACAUUGAGGUGACCAUAUUCUUUUGUAGCUCGAGCAUACAGAGGUCGAAAAAAACAAUGUAAUUCCAAUUUCCGACCUCCCACCUCAGAGUUAAUUUGAACGCAGGAUAACUGAUGGUAGUGCAAGCUGUAGCUUUGCUGUGAACUGAAUGUAACUGAUUAUUUUCCCUAAAGUGGGCAGCGAAGCUAAAGAGCUUUUAAAACGUAAAGGAUUUAUUUUUUUAGAUCGGACAAGUAAUUUGUUACAUAAGAUCUGGUAUAGAUCAGUAACAUUUUUCAUUAACGUCUCUACAAAUCAAAAGCAAAUACUGUGUUAAAAAGACCAACUUGGUGCUUUAAUGUAGCUAACAUGACAGCUUGAGUUAUGUGCAUCUUUUUACACUUGCCAUCAAGUGUGUAGAAGUGUUCCUGCUGUAGAACCGUUGUCUUGCACACAUUAAAUCAGUGCCAGAAUGUCCUCCAGUCUGGUGACUGCUUCAGCACACACUUUAACUUCUGUUCUUCAACAUGGGCGGGUUCACUGGAUUCCAUGGACCUUAAAUCCUCCAGAGAAGUGCUCAAUUUUCUAUGUUGUUGCCAUGAAGAUUGGUUAACCUUUGCAAAGUGCAUAUUAUAUUACAUCUCUUUAUACAUGAUCUGAUGAAAGGGUUGGUUUGAUUAGAGGCUUUUUUUCAAUGUGAAAUGUAGGCUUCAAACAGCAACUUGUGUUAAGUUGUAUGCAUAUCAUAGUUAUUGAUUGUAGCAUAAUUAUUCAAGCUCAUAAUACUGUGCAUACAUCUAAGUGAAUAUAAUUAAUGGUAAUGAAUGGAUAAAAGCUAAAAUAGCACAAAUGUAUUAUUAAAUAUCUUGUAUUUGUGUGUAUUUAUUGUAUUUAAAAAAAAAAAAAAAAAGAACUUAGGAGCCACAGUGAUACCAUCUAGUUUGUACGACUAUAUAAAACUCUACAAGUAUUAAAAAAACUUUAAAAGCCACAAAUUCUGCUUCAUUAUACCAUUAGCAGCAAAGUGCUAGUCAUAAUAAGUACCUCUUGACAUUACUGCAAGUAUCCUUAACACACAUGAAAGCAGAAUAUUUUGACUCUUUGCAGAUCAAGUGAGUGAAUGCAGGUGAAGCUACACUCUGAAUAAAAUGGCAAUGGUGAAAAAAGCUGCAUCAUAUUUUUAACUACACAUAAUAAGUGUUUGAUUGAACGUCCCGUCCUGUGACAUUGACAUAUACUGUUUUAAAUCGUUACUAUCCAAAGGUACAAAAGCUGAACAUGAUACACUCUGGGGAGAGAAACAAACUAUGGUGCAAUAUCUGUAUAGCUGUUUUGGGGGAAAAGUUCAUUCAAACAUAACCAGAACCUCAUGGUUUGAUUGAUAUGGCUUGUAGAUGUGGAAAAGUACAAGUUUCAAGAGGAUUAGGUUGUUAUACCUGAUGUAAUUAAUUAGCUGUUAGACCUUUAUCUAUCUCUGAACAAUGCUUUCAGUUAGAAAACAGACCUCUAUUGCUUGUGAGUGCAAACAAGAUGAAAAGUAGGUGUUUCAGCUAUGCUUGCAGUUUUGAAACCAUCAAUUUUUUAUCGGUUUAUUUCUCUCUUCUUGUUGUUUCCAUUGCUGUUCCAGCUCUAAGCAAUGAAAUCUCCUCUCUUAGCUAACAAGAAUGGAUUUUCCUGAACCGUCCAUCAUGCCACACAGAUUUACACCGACCACUUUGAUGUUCACAACCUUCAAGCUACAUUUGCUAAUCUGUAUGAGACAUGAAGCUCUAUUAGGACAUUGUUUCUUCUGCUUGAAUUGUAGAUGAUGUGGAAUUGAAGCUUGUUUCUCGCACACGGUAUUACAACUGACAGCUUCAUUACCCAUCACACAGUCUGAGAUAUGUGAGGCGUCAUUUCCAAUAUGGAUUGUGGCCCAGGCUAAUGUAGCUUACUCAAGCUAGAUGAAGGAUGAGCAUCUGAUGUAGGGUUUACAUUCAGGGUGUAAGAAGGAUGGUCAGAGUGUCACAGUUGGGACCCUGAGAAAGUACCCUGAUAUAACAUAAGAUAUAUGUUAAUGCAUAUUGACAACAUUUAACUUUAUGGUUUUCUUUUCCUUACUUUACAGUACUGUUUUUUUUUUUUUUUGGGUGAAACGGCUACCAGAUUGAGUAACCUAAUCAGAUUAUUUACUUAACCUCCUUGUGUUGUAACAUUAGUGUUGUAAUGCCACAUAAUAUUUGGAUUAAUUCUCAUGUGUCCCUUUGCAUAUAGGUCUCUGUAGAUACAAAUAAAUGUAAAAUGAUCUGUAUAUUAGAAGUAUUUUCAUUUAUGGUUAAUUGUUGCAUGUACAGUGUGAAUGUAUAGCUGACUGCAAAGGUUUGUUACAUUUAAGAUAAAAUGAGGAAGACAAAAGAAAUGUACUUUUUACAAAAGAUAUUAGAUGUGCUAGGUUUUACAGAUGACCCUUCACUAUUAUAAGUAACAAACAUUGUGAAAGUAUAUUGUAAGAUCUUAAUAGAAGGAAAAAUAUCAAGAUGUUAUCCAGUUGCAUUUUUGAAUGUUAUAUUUCCUGCUAUUUUUGUUGAUUUUGUGUUAUAUUUUAGAUUGUUGCCUUGUUACAGCAUACACCAUGAUGGUCAUUUCAUUUUUAAACUAUUCAAAUUCUCUCUCUUUUUUGACAAAUAAACAGUAAAACAGA